UGAAGUUUCUACUUGUACGGGAAAAUUAUAUCUGUUGUUUAAUUUCUAAUAUUUUCCAUUACGCAGUAACUACAGCUUUUACAUUUUUAAUAAAUUUAAAUAUAUACUAAAAAAUUAAUUUAACCAAUAAACAAUAGAGAAAAAACAAACGGUACGAAAAUUAUUUAAAACACUGUUACCUAUUUCCCAGCUGAAAGUACAAGAAUGGAGCAAACAUCUUCAGAAGUGCAACCUAGUGGCUUGCUCUUAACUCCACAAAUGGCCUUUGCACCAGAAGUAAAUACUGAUGGGGAGCUCGUAGAAACCAUGCCCAGUCUCUCACCAGUACAAAUUCAACAAGAAUAUUAUGAAAACCUGGCCGAUUGUGAUUGGGUCAAUUAUGAAAAAACAAACAGAAACUACUUGUUGCAAAAUAUAGCUUUUGCAUUAUUUGGAGGACCAAGCAGUGAAGGUGAAUUGGAGGAACUACACAGCAAUCAAUCGGUACAUCUAGAGGGAUACACGUCAAGACAAAGAGAAAGAGUUAUGAAAGUGUAUAAUAAAAUAUCUGAACAGAGUAAAUAUUCACGAAACGAUGAAGAUAUAGUAAUGUCCGUCCUGUUGAUAGUGUGUGCGAAACCAAAACCACUGAAAUUUUAUCAGAUAGAACCAUCUAAUUAUUGGGUCGAUUUGCAUCAGAGGACUGAUAUUGACAUUUGGUGUACACCCGUGUUUAGAAUAAGGAAAUGUAUUCCUACCACAGUUGGUGCUAAAUGUUGCAAAGUUUAUAUAGAUGAUAAUGGAAGAGUAUACCAUGAUUGGGAAUCUUAUCUAAUAAACAAUACACAACCAAAAUGUGUACUUAUCGUGCCCGAAAAUGGUGAAUACAAUGGAACUAUUAUUGAAGGGGAGAAAGCAUUUGCAGUGAGACUGACAGUCGUACCUUCCCCUACACUUGGCUUGAAGGCACGAGUGCUCAGCUCAGCAGAUACUGCUAGUACUGUAGCCUCGAUUGGUGCCCUUGGAGUUCUGGGCGUAGCCGCAUUCACUCCAGUGGGGCCUGUAGUUCUAGCGAGUGCUGCCGUGGCAUCAGUCGCCACCGGUGUAUACGGUCUGGUGCGAUCAUCCUUGCAUCUAAGAGAUAGAAGUGUUCACGAACAGACUAUCAGUCCGACGGACGCGGAGGCACGUGGCAGCUGGCUGAACAUAGCGGCCUCGAGCGUAGGGCUUGCUGCCGGCGCCGCCUCCAAUCUACUCUCACGCUCUGCUGCCGCCGGCACGAAUCUCACCAAAACUGGACAAGCCCUUGCGGUAUCUGUGGAAGUUCUUCGACAUGCGAACUUGGUCACUGGCGGUGCUGGAGUCGUUAACAGUCUCGUGUAUAUAAUUUUGAAGUAUCGAAAACAUGGCGAGAAACCGACAAAAUUGGAACUAUUCCAAUUCACUGCUGCGACCCUGUUCUUCUGUAAUGCUGUAAUGUCCAAUCGCACUGCACAAAAUAUUAUCGAGGAGGCUCAAGCCACUACUAUUAAUAACUAUAGAGCCACAUUGCGGAGCAAUAGGCACAGGAAAAUAUUCGACAAACUAAGUGCUGAAUCUAGGAGAGUUCAAGGCAAUAUCCAAGGGAAUACCGAAGUUAUCAGAGGUAUAAAGAACAUUGUAGAUAAAGAUCAAUAUUUCGCAGACGUACUGAGAAUUAACAAAGAUGUUAAUGAAUAUAAACUAAGGAUUUCGAUGACAGCUGAUGGAAACGUAAAUUUGAAUUCUCAACACAAAUUUCAUCCCUCAGAAUUAGCUAACAUAGCUCCAGAGGAGAGGACUCAAUUAUUUAGCACUCUAGGUCCAGCUGUCGUCGAUUCUGCUAAUGUGCCUACACGUUUCAUGUCUUCGACGACCGCUAUCAGACCGUCUAUUGAUGGUGAAGAAGAGCGUAACAUACUGGUAGGUAUCCAUCCAGGAGAAGUGUUACGUAUCGGCUCGUUACUAGUGCGAGUUAGUGCAUCCGGUGCGGAAAAUGUCGCUCUGCUUCUAGAAAAUCUCAGUCAAGAUGUGUACGCCAAUUUGAUGACUGUCACAUUCAAUAUGCUAUCACAAUUGCUGCCAGAAGAGAUAGCAAAAUUAAGAUUACUUAGUCCAGAUGAAGAUCUGAUCGUUCAAAUAGUGAAAUUUGUCUUUAACUAUAUGAAACAUGAAAGACCUCUAGGAGACGCUUGUCGGGAAACUGACAAUGGAAUCUUUAUAGUGCUAAAAGAGUUCUUCCAAGAUGGAGUUGUUCGCCAAGACACCAUACUAAUACUGAAGAACUGCCUCAUGGAAUGGAUUGAAGAAGAAAUAGAUAAAAGACGUGUACUUUAUCCUAGUAAGAAUCAAAUUAUUUGUUCCAUUUGCCAAGGUGUAAGGUUUGCAUAAUAUUAUCUAAUUCUCAUCAUAAUACAAGAUUCAAUUAACGGCCAUUAGGGGUAGAGCGAAAAAUUAAUACAAGCUUUGUUAUUUAAAGUACUAUCGAUUGCUAUAGGUAUUUAUUAUAAAUAUUAUAAUACAUUUAAAUUCCAUCAAUAUCUAUAACAUUAUCGAUUAGAAAGUAGAACAAGGCACUAUAGAUUAUGCCUGCAUUUUUCAAAUACAAAGGCUCUAUUUUAUAUUAUUAAAUUAUGUGUUGAUCCGUAUAUAAUGAAUCGACAUACAAGCAAACUAGGUAUAUAUGGCAGCAAAAAAUAAAGAUGUUAAAAAAUACAUUCACUUAAAAAUUACUUAAAAAAAAUCAUAAAAAAAUAUAUUUCUAAUUAAUAUAUCAACUCGCUACUUAACUACCAAUGUAAGCGUUAUAAUUUAUAUGUGGUAUUUACAAUUCUAUUAAAUUAAUUAUUAUCUAUGAAUCACAUACGUCAUAAAUGUAUUGUGCCUAAUAUUAUAAAUCAAUGUCCAAUAAAAUAUAAUGCUAUUAUCUCACAAAAACGAAGGUAUAGAUAAAAAUUACAUUGAAAUCAAUACAUAUCAAUUUCGCUAAAAUAUACACAUUAUAAAUCUAUACUAUAUUUGUAUACAAUAAGACACUUUAGCGUUAAUACUGCCCUAUUACUUAGGGGCCAUCCAUUCAUUACAUUACGGGAGAAAAGGGAUCGACAAUGUGAUAUUGUGUAAUAAGGAAUGAGAGGAGUCAUAAAUUUCGUGACCAUCUGUAUCUUACAUUUAUAAACUAAUUUCGGAACUGCUAUCUUAAUUUAAUAAUUUUUAGAUGUAAAGUUCCAAAAUAUGUGCCGUCAUAGCUGUGACAAGCACGAGGGAGAGGAAAUGUUAAAUUCGCGUGUUGUAAUUUAUGGGUAGCCCCUUAUCUAUAAUAACAAGAUAUAGAUAUGUAAAUAUCUACCUGUGUACCUAUAUUUGUCUGCGUUAUCAACGUAAAAAAUAGUCUAUAUCUUUGUCCAUCCCAAACACAAUAACAAUAGGUUGACUUGUUGAUCCGUCAAGCAACAUUUUCAUAUUGAUAAUAUAAAUAGAGAUGCUCUCACUGUAUUUAGGAUUGUCACAUAUAAUUGGUUAUUCUAUUAUAAUUAUUUUGUUUAAUUCCACUACCAUUAGUAUGUGUGUCAAUGCAACAACCAUCCAACACGCGACGAUUGACCAUCAUUUUCUUCUUCAUCUUCUGUGGUAACAGAAUUAAACAAAAAAAUUCUAAUCAAAUAACCAGUAAUAUGAACUUCCACAAUAUAACACUUAACAGCAAAAUGUUACAUAUAAAUUGAAAAAAUAUAUAUUGACUAUAUUUUCUAAAAAUAUACAAAAGUUAAUCUUUGUAGGUACUCACCAAAGAAAUAUCUGAGGAACUCUCUCACUAAUAGUAGUAAUAAUGUACACUGUAUAAAUUCUUAGAAACUAAUUUAGUGUAGUCUUGAAUUUAUUAACUUAUUGUCUUUGUCAUUACUGACAAUUUUUUUCCAUUUCAUCCGGAAAUUUGUUUCAUGAGGCGUAUAGCGCUUUGCAUAACAGCAUCUCACCUUGCAUGAAAACGAGAUAAGUGGCAUCCUUUUAAUGUUCUAUAAAAUGGAUAAGUUAGUAUGAGAAGCUCUAAUUUUUGUUAUUUAUUGAAUCAUGUUUCUUUAGGCGAAAUAUCCAGUUUCACUGAUAGAACAUUAUUUCAAAGGAAUCCUAAUUAUUCCGAUUUCACUCGAUAUAUUUUAUAUCGAUUUUCAAUUUGUUCACUAUAUUUAUUUAUUUCUUUGUAUUACUUAGAUAUUAUAAUUUAGUACCUAAACAAAAAUUCAGUGAUACAGUGAACUAUACUGUGAUAUUUAAAAAUAAAACUUUAUACAAAAGAUUGCAAUUAGAUAUUUAUUAUUAAUAUUAUUUGUGAUAUAUCAACCUUUUAUAGUAUAACAAACGCUGUGCCUUGUUUAUCUCAAAAUUAAUUGGUAUUCCUAAUUAUUGUAAAUACAUUAAAUAUGUUUUAUAUUCAUAUUACAUAUUAUAAGCACGUAAAAGUAUCCUAAUUAUUAAAAACACAACAUUAAAAUGUAAUGCUUUGUGAAAUAAACUAUCAAUCAUGUUUCGUUA